CUAAGAUCUUAGCCUAAUAACCAUUGAUUGAGAGAAUUAGCCUGCAUCGCAGUUUAAAAGAAUGAAACCCCAAAAUUUCUCCCUCUCCGGUGAUAAUACUUUGAUCAGUGAAUCGAAGGCAUCGAUCGAAGAGAGACUGAAGGAAGCAUGUGCGGCGGCCAUGGUUGCCGUCGAAUCUACUACUCCAAAAGCAACAGAGCAAAAACUGGGAAACUGGAGUGGGGAAGACCCCAUCAGGGUCAUGAUGUUUUUGGGUUCAUGGAGCCACACUUAGCGGCUCCACGACUCGUUUGUUGGGAAGAAAAAACUCGUGGUUUCAUGCUAUGUUAGUGAAAAAAAAUUAAUGUUGUUUGGUGUUCACCUUAAUGAAGAUGAAGCUGGAUGGCGUAAGGGAAGUUCAUGAUGUAAAUGAUUUAGUGAAAAUUGUGAUCCAAAAGAAUAAUUAUCUAGUGAUAAA